AUGGGUCCAGGGCCAGGCCACAUGGGUCCAGGGCCAGGCCGGGACAGGUCACAUGGGUCGAGGGCCAGGGCCAUAGGACAGGUCACAUGGGUCCAGGGCCAGGCCACAUGGGUCGAGGGCCAGGCCAGCCAGGGUUCAGCUGAUUCCUACACUAGUAGACCCUCAGAUUCCGACGUGUCCCUGGAGGACGACCCGGAGGCGUCUCGGCUAGAAGCCGAGCGCCAGGCCCAACUGCAGCUGGAGAGAGCCAAGUCAAACCCCGUAGCAUUUGCAGUGAAGACCAACGUGAGCUACUGUGGUGCUCUAGAUGCUGACUGUCCUGUCCAAGGUGCUGCUAUCAACUUUGAAACCAAAGACUUUCUACACAUAAAAGAGAAAUACAGCAAUGACUGGUGGAUUGGUCGGCUGGUGAAGGAAGGGGCAGACAUAACUUUCAUCCCCAGCCCGGUGAAACUGGAGGCCAUGCGGAUCAAACAGGAACAGAAACAGGCCCAGAGGAAAGCGGCGAACUCAUCGUCGGGUUGGAGAUCCGCACCACCUAGUGCAGCCAAACAGAAGCAGAAGCAGACAGAGCAUCUCCCACCCUAUGAUGUUGUUCCUUCCAUGAGGCCGGUGGUGUUGGUGGGGCCGUCACUGAAAGGCUAUGAG